CCACCGCUAGCUUUCAUUUUUUUUGUGGUAGAAAAUAGUCAGGCUUGUAAUCUUCGACGCGCUGUUUCGCGAAAUCGUCAAGGCAAAACAUGCAACAAAGCUCAGUAAAACGGUGAAUAAUUAGCAUUUUUAAAGUGAUAUUUUUUUCGCCAUUCACGUUUACGAUUGUGAUUUGUGCUUUUCCAUACGGUCAAAAUGUCGGUGCAUUACAAGUUUAAAAGCACCCUCGACUUCGACACUAUCACGUUCGAUGGGCUACACAUAUCGGUGGCAGAUCUGAAGAAAUCUAUCAUCCAGCAAAAGCGAUUGGGCAAAACGGUCGACUUCGAUCUGCAGAUUACUAAUGCCCAGACCAAGGAAGAGUACAAUGACGACAAUAUGCUGAUCCCGAAGAACACGUCCCUUACGAUUGCUCGAGUACCGGUAAAGUCGCAGGGGAAAAAGAAUUGGGAAAAAGCGGCACCGGAACCGAAUGCACCGGCACCGGUUCCGCGUGGUAAACAUGAUGCGGCCAGCUCGCAAACCAAUGUCGAUCUGUCGAUGAUGAAUGGCACAGAGGAGGACAAGAUUCGUGAGAUGAUGUUUCAAAGCACGGCUGAAUAUGAUCCUACCAACUACCAGAAAGUGCGUGGUACUCAAACGGGUGAAGUUCCAAUGAACUAUAAGUGCUACCGUUGCCACAAACCGGGCCACUGGAUAAAAAACUGUCCAAUGGGCCCGUUGCCAAAGGAGAACAUGGAGGUGAAGCGAACGUCCGGCAUACCGCGCUCGUUUAUAGAGCGCGAUAAGGAGGUGGGAAACAAUCCGGCCAUGCAACCGGUACAGAUGCCACCGGAAGAGAAGCAAGUCAUACCGGAAGAUCUGAUCUGUAGCAUCUGCAAGGAUUUGUUUACGGAUGCCGUUAUGAUACCGUGCUGCGGGAGUUCGUUUUGCGAUGAGUGUGUACGCACGGCGCUGCUCGAAUCGGAGGAUAACGAAUGUCCCGAUUGCAAGGAAAAAGGUUCCUCACCGGGAUCGUUGAUACCGAACCGAUUUCUGCGCACCUCCGUGAAUGCAUUCCGCAACGAAACGGGUUACACCAAAUCGAAAGCUACGGUAGGGAAGAAGCAAACAAAGCCGGAAGAAACACCGACGGUGGACAGUACUACUAGCGGAGGCUUAUCGUCCACGGUACCAUUCGGUGGUGCGGAAGGCGGUACACCUAUCGGUAGUUCCAUUUCCACCACCACUGAGAUGGUGGAAUCCUCUACCUACGAGGAGGACGGUGGACAUCGUAACGCGGAUAGCGAUCAACAGCAGCCACAGUUGUUUGACGAAAUUUCUCUGCAGGACGAUCUCGCUUCGCCACGGCAGGAAAGUAAAGAAUCUAUCGGAAUGGGGUCGGGUCCCGGGUUCGACAAUGAGUCGGACUAUGAGGACAACAUCACAGUUACCGUGCCGCCAGCUCAUCUGCAGAGUCGAGGUGCCUUCCGUGGACACUACAAUGGCGGUGGCCGACCGAUUCGGCAUGGGCGAACGCAUGGUCACGAUACGCCACCGAACGAACGGCAGCAAAUGAUGGUUAAUCAGCAAGCCGGUUACGGUACCGGUGGGAAUGGCAGUAAUGGAGGCCGCGGAAAUGAACAUAUGGACCGAGAGCGAGAUGACGAACAUCGGCGGCGCAUGCUGAUGGAGGAGAAGGAUGGCGACGGUUACGGGGCUGGUCCGACUGGGAUGAUGAACGAACGGGGCCGCGAGUACGACGAUCGAUCGCCGGAAUAUCUACAUGGUGGCAACGGUGGCGGUGGUGGUGGUGGUGGUGGUGGACGAGGAUUAAUGCCAAUCCCACAUAACCAUCCGCAGCACGUGCAACCCAUCGGAACGGCUAUGGGACAUCCAGGCGGUGUGUACAUGGGCCCUGGAAAUGGUGGAUACGGAGGUCACGUAGGACAUCAACCGUACGGCGGGGCUGGCGGCGGUGGCGUCGGCGCCGGCGGUGGUAACAAUGGUCCCGGAGGAGGAGGAUACGGAAUGCAGCAGGGAGGUGGUGGUUAUCCACCACAGCAAAGAUCGUACGAACAUCACGGUGGAAUGUAUCCUGGCGAUCGGCCACCUCGGAUGAUGUAUCCGAUGCGUGGUGGUGGAUUUAUGCCGCACCAUCCUCCCCAUUUAAGGCAACGUCCGAUGGGUCCAGGACCGAUGGGAGGCUACCAAAACGUACAUCCAUCAAUUGGUCCUGGCGUUAUCGACGAUCCGCUCGAAGCGUUCAAUAGAAUCAUGCGCGAGAAAGAGUUGCGCAAAAAGCAGGAACAACAGCAACAGCAACAAAUGCGUCGUAACCGUUCGCCUAUGGCUGACCGGGGACGCAGAUCGCGAUCAUUCGACAAUGGUGGUCGCGGUGGUGGACCACGCGGUACCUCGUCCGAUCGAAGACGCACAUCUCGCCAACGAUCUCCCGACAGGCGACGAUCGCCGGACGAUAAGCAUCCAGAUGAGCGCGAUCGUAUGCGUGAGCGUCGUCGUAACCGAUCCAGCUCGUAUAGUUCCGCUAGUUCACGAUCUUAUACAAGAUCAAAGUCACGUUCGCCGAUGAAACGAAACAAGUCUCCACGGAAACGUUCACGCAGUCCGGGCUACAGAGAUAGACGUAGCAGAAGCCGUUCUGGGUCAUUUGGUGGAAUGAGAUAUAGAGAUCGUCGAGAUGAUCGUCGUCCCGGAGAUUUCAACCGAGAUCGGUCACCUGGAUAUAAUCCCGGCUUUGGCUUCGGCAAUCGCCCACCUAGAGGCGGCGGCGGUCCAAGAGGUGGUCGUACACGAGGAAAUAGUCGAGACGUGGGUGGAAAUAUGCAACACUUUCCACCGCGGGGUUACGAUCGUCACCAACAGGGCCACCUGUUACCGAUGCCCGGUGGACGGCCAGAUGAUAUACCACCAGCCUUUCUGCACGGUCAGCAUAUGAAUGAUUAUCGCGACGGGCAUGGACCAGGCGGCCAACACGGUGCCGGCAUGAUGGGCAGCGGUGGAUUAGGCGGAGGGCCAGGACCCUCGAUGCAAACGGGUUUGGUGGCUUCCGCACAGUCAAACAGGUAUCCGGGACGAGACGAAAGAGAACGAAGCAUCGGUGGUAGCUAUGGAGGAGCUAAGCAGUCGGACUUUGGUGAUGGUGAAGGUGACCAUAUGGUGCAUCCACAUUCGAAAGGUGUAAGCGAACGUCAUCGAACGUCCAGCCGUCAUUCGUCGCCUAGCGGUGCACAUCUGCAAAACGUUGGGCAUGAUCCAGCGGAACGGGGCCGGGGGGAGCCGGGUGAAUGGUCUGAAUUUCCCGACGAACCUGCGUACUAUCUACAUCCAACACCGAGCCGCCAGCAAGACGAUCAUUUGGACCGCCAAAGUGCGGAACGCAAGAGUGGAGCCGGUAGUGCACGUGAUUCCGAUCACAGAAGCGUGGCCGACCAUCGGCCAUCGUCAAUCGGACCAGCGAGUAGCCAUGGUCGGGGUAGAUCACGUUCUCGUGACCGCAAGCGUCCCGGUACGGGCACCCAGGAAGGUUCUGAUCGAGAUGGGUCGGAUAGAAGAAAGUACCGAUCUAAGCGUUCGGAGUCUGCGGAAAGGCACGAAAAAUCGAAUGCCGCAAAUCGUGGCGCGCGUCCAACGGGUGAGCACGAGAAGGAAAAGCAGGACCGCAAACAACAUCCACACGCGGAAAAGGAGAAGCGAAACGAGAUGGAUCAACAUGGCCGGCGGGAUGAGCGAGAUCAUCAUCGUGAUCGCGGCAAGGAACGUACCGAGCAUGAUCGCGAACGGGAUCGUGACCGUCAGCGAGACCGGGACCGUGAUCGUGAGAAGGAAAAGGAGCGCAGCAACAAGGAAAAGGAGCGCGAGAUGGACCACGAGCGUGACCGAAGAAAGGAGAAGGAGCGUGAGAAGGAGAAGGAGAAAGAACGUGAGCGUGAAAAGGAACGCGACCGUGAGAAGGAGAAGGAACGCGAAAAGGAACGUGAAAAGGAAAGGCUGCGUGAUCGGGAAAAGGAUCGUGAAAAGGAUCGCGAAAAGGAUCGCGAAAAGGAUCGCGAAAGGGAAAAGGAUCGCGACAAGGAAAAGGAUCGCGAAAGGGAAAAGGAUCACGAAAAGGAAAAAGAUCGCGAGAAGGAAAAAGAAGCAAAGGAGCUGUCGAAGAAAAAGUCUCGUGAUUCAAGCGAAGAAGAUCGCCGCGAUCGGAAGAAAGAUCGGGAUAAGAAGAAGCGCAAAAAGGAAAAGGAAGUGGAAAAGCGUAAGCACAAGAAGGAACGGAAGGAGAAGGAUAAGGAGCGACGGUCGAAGGACAGGCGGAAGGAGCGGAAAACGGUUGAAAAGGAGGAACCGGACAGUUCACAGCAACCGGCCACACCAACGGUACGGGAUCGUGAUGAGGAUGCGUUGACGAAACCAACCGCCACGGAUUGUGAAGAAAAGAACGUGAAAAACAGUCAUGCCCGUGAUAGUCAGUCAAAUGAUGGAGACGAUCAGGAACGUCAAACAAGUGUAGCCAGCGAGGAUCCGAAGCAUGAUAGCGAUACCGGCGAUUCUGGUGCGGACGAUGAAGAUCAUAAUGAAACCGAACAGCUUCAUGAACAGCAGCAGUCACAGUUCGAUUUGGAGCAUAUGCACCAACAGCAACAGGAAGCCCACAUUGAUGGUCACGAUCAUGCUGAUCUGUACUCGGACAUACCGGAUAAGUAUGAAGCAGAUCAGCUAGAAUUGUGCGAGACUGGUCAAAAUGAUAAUGAGGAAGAAGUUAUGGAGGGUCUGGCGGACAGUACCGAGAGCCAGGAUGAUCUUACAAAGCUUGACACCACCGGUGACGGUGACAUGUUGAUGAAGCGGUCCGAUUCCUGUUUGGAUUUGCACGCCAAUAUCGACUACGAGCAGGAACUGGAUGAGAGCGACCAAACGAUAUCCCUACCGACGAAGGACGACAAUUCCGUGAUGCCCGAGCUUUCAAAGUGGGAGAUGGACGAGGAGGGCCAGAUUAAUUCGUCAACGGUUGAAAAACAGGACACAGCAUCGUUCGAAGAUCAGCUGGCUGAUGGCGAUAAGGACAGUCUACAGCUGGCCAGCGGUGGUAAGGUUACCAGCGAGGUACUGAAGCGAGCAGAAAAUGCAAUUUUCACGCGUGCCAUCAACGCGAUACGGCCGAUAGAGAUUAAAAAGAUUAGCAUCGAACGGCAAAAGCUUUACACGGCCGGAAAUAUGCCGCACGAUGAAUCACCGCCCAGGAUGAUGGAUAUGAAACAUUCGCCGGAAACCGAUGAACUAAAGCGAUUCCAGGUUACUGUACCGGUACACGACGACCGAGCGGAGCGAUCGGUGGAGAUAAAGCAAAAACUAGAGUUGAAAGUAGAAAAUCGUUCCUCACCGAUACGUACCUCUGUGAAAGAACGGUUGGGUUGCAAGGUGACGGAUAACACAUCGCACUUUGCCGGUUCACGUACACCGCCGACGAGUCGUAAAAUGAGUAGCGCCACAAACGAUAACAGCAGUCGAAUUAAGUCGUUCGCUGAUCGGCGUCGUGGUUCACCGCGAAGCCGAAGUCGGCCACGUGACGAAUCGGACGGUCGUAAACAAAUGGAUCGUAAUCGUUCUUCCGGUGGCAAACAGGAUGGCAACAAAAAGCAAUCCGGUCAAUCGAACAGGCGACCGGCUAGCGGUGGACGGGGUAACGAUGAUCGACUACAAUCGAUGCGCGAAAGGAAAGAUGACACCCGGCGGAACAGUCGGGAAAAGAGUGACAGCCGGAAAAACGAUCAGCAGCGUGUGCAGCGUGGUCGGAGUCGUGAACGCGAGAGGGAGAAGGAUCGGGACAAUCGUGAUCGAGGAGGCGGUGGACGGCGUGGUAAUAGCCGGGAUCGCAAACGAACCAUAUCACCACCCGCGAACUCAAAGAAAGCAGAAAGCUCCCGUAAGGAUGUCGAUGCGCAUCGAAACAAGCAUCAAACGCAGCGGGAAGAUGCAACGGGUCGUGUAACAUCAUCUAAGUCAAGCCACCGGGAUGACAGUGCAAACCCGAAAGCCCGCGACGCUGUUACAAUGGAUGAACGGGGCGUAACGGUGCCGAGUUCAACCACGGGAACGGCUGCCGGUAGUGAACGGUUAGCGACACGGGCGGAAAAAUCUCCCGCCGACCGAGCACCGUCGCGUAAAAGAUCCGCCGAACAUCUGCGAGAUCGUUCGACCGAACGGCGUGACGAUGUUGCCGCCAAACGGGACGAUACCGUUGCGAGCGGUGGUGCCGGGACGGCAAGCGGUAAGCGGACGAAGGUGGAAAAAAUGGCUGCAAAAUCAAACAAAAGUUCGAGCGACACGAGCAGUUCCGAUUCGGAUUCCUCAUCGUCCGACAGCAGCCCCGAAACGGAUGAUGCCGGCCCGACCGGUACCAGCAGCAAGAAGCGCAAAAAGCGAAAGCACAAGAAGGAACGCAAGCGUGCCAAACGUUCCGCUGCAACGACGGAAACGGACGACGAUUCCGGUGGUAAGCGUAAAAAGUCGAAAAAGAAAUCAAAAUCCUCUAAGAAGAAGAAAAAGUCAAGCAAACAUAAGAAGGACUAAGCAGUAGAAGUAUUUUGGCUGCGAAUAGUCAAGGUACGGCAUAGUUACGUACAUUCUUCCCUUUUAUGGAGACUUCUGGACUCUCGGACGGAAGACGAUUAGCUAGAUAGGGCGUCGUUUUACGAGAGAGAAAGAGAGAGAGAGCAGGAGAUCGUUUAAUACUGCACGUAUAGAGAAUUGCAUAAGCAUAGUUGCAUUUUUCUGGGCCAGUGUACGGGAAAGUUAUUAAUAGCAUAACAUUAUUAUGAAUAAUUUGGGUAGCAGUAGGUAAUUAUUAAUGCGCUAUUUCCGCUACCAGCAGCAGAAUAAUUGCGAGAGAUUGAACUAACAACAUUGGCAUCAGCAAUAGGGUUUAACAGAAAGCAAGGCUAAACAAUUAUGCAUCAUGGCUCUGUACAUUGUGGUAUUGUGGUAAACGACGAUCGCCGGAUUGAACAAUUGCUAGCGAAAGGGUUAAACUUUAGUGAAAAAAAAUCCGCACUUUGCGUACGACCCAGAGUGCAUAUGCCCCUCCCUUCCCAAUGUACGUAUUCCAUACUUUAUCGGCUAAAU